GCUCCGUGGCCACCGACACAAUCUCCUGACACAACUUACCACAGCCCUGAUAUUUUCCUCUUUGUGGAAGAUUGUGAAAGAAUUCCAUACGUCACAAUCUGUCGUUAAACAAGUGCUUCCUAAAAGUUCCAAGGUCGAAGGACGAUCCAGGAAAGGGGUCGUACUGGGCAAUAGACAGCAACCCCCCUGAAGACCCCCUCCCUGCCAGACACAAGAAGAGGCCGAGGCUGAACGAUCGGGCGUCACCGUACAGUCCGGAGCCAGGGCUUGGUGUCACGAAGAUGCCGCCCCAGACGUUGACAGCCGUCAAUGUGCAAGUGUCUCCUCCCUCACCUCAAAAUCAAAGUAACUGCAAUUUCUCUGAAAGUAACGGAAAUCCAGAUGACAUGAAUGCAUCAUCCAAUCUUGUUAACCUCUACAAGUCCGUCUUUGAAAACUCUACAGGUAACUUGAAUGCUCUCCUCAAUGGAAACAUCUCACAGAGCCAAAGUGGGACAGGCAUUCCAAGUUUGAAUUGUUCCACCAGUGAGUGGUUACAGAACCUGGACUCGCUGAAAGAGAGCAUGCGAUUGGCUGGAGCGGGGAGUGACCUCAAUAAUAUCGACAUGACCCAGUUUCAAGCAGGCCUGAUGGAGACCAUGAAACAGGAGGACCCAGCAAACUGGUCGUUAAAACCAGAACAGUUUGCCGAUUUAGCAUCUUCUCUAAACAAUUUCUUCAAUCAAUCACUGCUGCAGAGUCAAAACCAGUCAAGUAGUACCAGUGGAAUAUCAGGUCCUGGAAACGGCUUCUGUAACAGCAGUAACUCGGUGAGCAGCAGCCAGCUGAACAUGGCCGACGGAGGGCCUCCGUCAAAUGCUUCAGAAAGCUACUCAUCUUGUCAGACCGUGGUUUCACUGCCGUCCGGGACACAAUAUCACCAUUCGGACGACAUCGAUGACGACUUCAACUGGGACAAGCUGCUGUAGUCGUGUUGCCAUCACAUCACAUCACCUCAUCCAAUCAGAAGCCUCAUUGAAGACCAUGUGACAGUUCACAUGCUGCUCACAGAGUUAAACCAUUUGUUGAUAUUCAUAUAUACUGCUUAUACAAGGAGAGGAGGGUUGGACAUAGGGCGUGUUGCCUUGUGGUAGGACUAUAUGGUGCAAUGUGCUUUGUAAAUAUUCUGUUGAUUGUAAAUAACAUAUAUAUAUUCAAUUGUUAUUGUCUUCUGUUAACCCAGCAAAGAUCUUCUAUUUCCCUUGUUUUGAAAUAGUUCAUAGUUUUGCGUUUAGCAUUUCAACGUAAUGACAAGAAAAAGUCUGUUUGGAGGUAUUGUAAGUUUUGAAAUGCGAAGUUUGUACGUUUUGUGCAUGGAAUCAAACUCCAUUUUUGUGUUACAUAUGGAUUCAGACUAUUUUGGAAACAAAAACUGUGACAGUUUCCAUAUUGUACGGAGCUACUACCCCGACCUCUGCCUGGUUAAAUCUUCGACUCCAGGGUGGUCGGGUUGUUGAGGUGGUAGUUCUUCAUGACCAAGUCCUGGGUUUGAUUCCCCACAUGGGUACAAUGGGACCAGCCUAUUCAGGGGUAGACAGGGAUACUGCUGGAACAGUCCUGAAACUUGCGUCAACACAAUCUUACACUCUUACUUUCCAUGGGUUUUUUAUUUAUUUUUCCAUUGUUAGCAAUGAUAGUUGGACAUUGUUGUAACUAUUUUUCUCCUCCAGUGUUUAUAUCGAGUCCAACAACACGACGCCAGUCCUAUGUUCUGCCUCUUCUCUCCUCGGGUUGUAGGGUUCCUUUGUGUGUCAACCUCGGUCACAGUGUGUGUAGAUGCAAGGAGAACCAGGGAUGCCAGAGUUAGAUGUUAGCCCCCAUCAGGGCUACUGUACUAGAUAGCUUGGCCCCAACUGUGGAUAUGUAGCUAAUUCUGGUAUUUUGUAAAAAGUGUGUAGUGGAGCUUAUGUAUUGUAAAUUGAAUUGUGAUGGUUUUAUUCUGAUCGUGUGUGGAAAGUUCGAGUUUGUGAAACUAACUAAGGAAAUUCUGUACAUUUUAUCUAAAAUAUUCAUCGAGAUAUUCAUUGAGAUAGGUAUGCCAUUCUUCAACUCAGAAUCUUCUAUGCACGAAUAGAGAGAUUUUGUCAUUGCAUUCUCGGAUGUGACUUGAAACGUGUAGCAUAGUGCAGUAGUCAGUUUUUGAAAGAAAAAAUAUUACAGCUGAAGACGAAUGCUGUCAUAACUUGUGUUACGAUAAACCAUUGAAUGAUCUCACUACGGUAACCAUAAUGGUCACCUGGAGUUUUUAAAUACAGGCUUUGACAGUUUAGGCCGCAACAACUUGAUAUUAGUUUGUACCUAGAAUCUCCAACAUUGUUUACAUUUUGUUCAAAGAGGAGCACACAAGUCAUUUUGUCUAUUAAAUUACAUGACAGAAUGCAUUCUGCUGUCCAAGGUUUUUCAAUCUGGCUGCUCUGUGUCCCCUCUCUGUCGAUUCCUGCAGUGUGUCACGUCUUGCAUGAUGAGAACAAGAGGUUUUCAUGAACUGCCAGAACUGGGACCCCAAAACAUUUAACAAACAAAAAAAUCAAUGUUUUGGCUUUUUUGUAACAAGCAGUACCAUUUGAAGAUGCUCAUGGAAUUAUAGAAACAUGUAAUAUAACAUCGAAACAUUAAUUGUCGUGAUAUUAUUGGAUGAAAUAGGUCAUAUCUUGUAGGAGACUGGUGACUGUUUGUAAGUUAGUAUUUGAGAAUUAAAUAUUGCCACUUCGGAAUGAAAAAUGGAUGUUUCGUAGCAAGAACAAAAUUCUACUGUAUAUUAUGUUGCAGUGAUUUUGAACAUCAGGUCAUUUGUUUCAAGUCCAUUUCUUAUCUUGUGUCAGCAGACGUCACUUGUGUCGUGUCAAUUUCACUCCCACACACUCACGUCAUGUCAAAUUCAAUCCAACUCACUGUGUUAGGGCAAUUUCAUACCAACAUCACUUGUAUCAGAUCAAUUUCAUAUAAGCUCACUUGUAUCAGGUCAAUUUCAUGCAUGCUCACUUGUGUCAGGUCAAUUUCAUACAAGCUCACUUGUAUCAGAUCAAUUUCAUGCAAGCUCACUUGUAUCAGAUCAAUUUCAUGCAAGCUCACUUGUGUCAGAUCAAUUUCAUGCAAGCUCACUUGUAUCAGAUCAAUUUCAUGCAAGCUCACUUGUAUCGAGAAUUUCAUACAAGCUCACUUGUAUCAGGUCAAUUUCAUGCAAGCUCACUUGUGUCAGGUCAAAUCUUAGAGUGUCGAUGACAGCUGGCAAUCUGAUCUUGCAUGAAUGGACAUGACAAGUCAGGUUGGGAAUGUACAUUUUUAUUGAAUCCUAUAUUUGUUUUUAUUUAUUUCCUAGACGACAUUCUGCCGAGAAUGAAAAUGCUCCAUACAUUGCUUUUGCCCAGAUUGAGUUUAUUUUCAAUAUUGUAUAUACAAUAUGACAAGGAAUAGGCCUGAUUGUUCCUGAGAUUGAUUAUUGUAUAUAUUUCUUGUUUCUUUAGUGUGUUUUGGCUCCGAUGGAAAACCUGUUUCAGAACAUCAAGUAUUAAGAGAUGCUUGGAUGAUGAUUUUUAAUAAUAUUAAACAAUGUCUGUUUAUUAACCUGAAGAUUGUUUGCAUAGACCAUGUAUAUGUGUUAGUGUUCUUGUAACUUGGCAUGAAAGGUUUCAUGUUCAUUUUAAUUUUAAUCUUUUUGUUAUACUACAUCAUUAAUAACAGGCAAAUGUGUCCUUUUUAUCCUAUAUGAUCACCCGGGUUCGAUUCCCGACAUGGGUACAACGUGUGAAGCCCAUUUCUGGUGAUCCCUGCCAUUCUUAAUUAUUUUCAUGUUGAUAAAGCUGCGGUCGGGUAGC